GACCUGAAGCCGGAACUUCUCCGAGGAAUCUACGCCUACGGUUUCGAACGUUCCUCCGCAAUCCAACAGUGCGCCAUCGUCCCCGUUGUAAAAGGGCACGACGUAAUCGCGCAAGCCCAAUCAGGAACAGGCAAAACCGCCACUUUCUCCAUCUCCAUCCUCCAACAGCUGGACAUGUCCAUCAAAGGCACCCAAGCCCUCAUCCUCGCCCCAACCCGCGAACUAGCCCAACGAAUCCAAAAAGUCGUCAUCGCCCUCGGCGACUACAUGAACAUCGAAUGCCACGCCUGCGUAGGCGGCACCAACGUCCGCGAAGACAUGGCCAAGCUCUAGGAAGGCGUUCAAGUCGUCGUGGGGACUCUAGGCCGCGUAUUCGACAUGAUCAACCGGCGUGCACUUCGGACUGAUAAUAUCAAGAUCUUUUGCUUGGAUGAGGCUGAUGAGAUGUUGUCUCGUGGGUUUAAGGACCAGAUUUACGAGGUCUUCCAACUCCUCCCACAAGACACCCAAGUCGUCCUCCUCUCCGCCACCAUGCCCGCCGACGUCCUCGAAGUCACCAAAAAGUUCAUGCGUGACCCCGUUCGAAUCCUCGUCAAGCGGGAUGAACUCACUCUUGAGGGUAUCAAGCAGUUCUACAUCGCUGUAGAGAAGGAAGAAUGGAAACUUGACACGCUGUGUGAUUCAUAUGAGACGGUCACUAUCACUCAGGCCGUCAUCUUCUGUAACACCCGACGGAAGGUCGAUUGGCUUACUGAGAAGAUGCAUUCGAGGGAGUUUACCGUUACCACUAUGCACGGCGACAUGGAACAAAAACAACGCGAAGUCCUAAUGAAAGAAUUCCGAUCUGGCUCAUCGCGCGUCCUCAUCACGACUGACCUCCUCGCACGAGGUAUCGACGUCCAACAAGUUUCCUUGGUCAUUAACUAUGACUUGCCUACCAAUCGGGAAAACUAUAUCCAUCGUAUUGGACGUAGAGGUCGGUUUGGACGAAAGGGCGUUGCUAUUAAUUUUGUGACGACGGAUGAUGUGAGGAUGUUGAGGGAUAUUGAACAGUUUUAUAACACCCAGAUUGACGAGAUGCCGCUUAAUGUUGCGUGA